GCGGGGCUGACUCUCCUGCCCCUAAAUCUACAGCCCACCUCAUCCGCGGAGACGGAAGUUGAAGGACCGCUGGGCCGCUUCCCUUUUCUCCCGAACCCCAAGCCAGCCGGGCCCGGAGUCACCAGACAGUGGAACGGAGCGCGAGGACCCAAUCAGGUCUGACUCUGUUCAGCGGCGCCCCUGGCCUUCCAGAGUGUGCCUUCCACCUCCAGCGCGGGCCGGCGCCCUCAGCCCAUGGGGGCCAUGAAGCGGACAAGCACUCUGCGUCUGCUCUCGGACCUGAGCGAGUUCAGUCACGCGAGCCGGCUCCGUGAAAUGCUGGCGGAGGAGCCUCUUGCCCGGGUCCGCGCCAGCCCCGACGGCCGCCACCUGCUGCUCCUGCGCCCAUCAGGCUCUCCCGUCCCACUGCUGCUGGUGUCCAGGAAGGGGGCGGGGCCGGGGUUGGGGCUGGAACCCCCCUGGCCCGCUGGCCCAGGCCCCUUGCUGGAUGCCUUCUUUCUAAAGUGCCCGGGCUGGGCUGGUAGCCCACGUCCCCUUCUUGCUUUGGUGUGGGUGAGUGGGCGGGCUGAAAUUUGGGGCACUGGAGUGCACCCAGGGUGGCAGCUGCUGCAGCAGGCCGAAUUGUGUGUGAGUAGCAAGGCCAGGGUGAUGGCUGCAGCGGCCGUCGGGAACCGACUAGUGUGGUGUGAAGAGCGGCCAGCCAGCACUGAGACUGUAGUGGGAUCGGCACAGGCAGCCUUCAGUCACUGUGUGUGCACCCGGGCUCUGGAACCCGGGGAGAGCGGUGCCAUCCUGGGUGCUCCCAAGAUCUUGCUGCACCACUGCCCUCAUUUCCAGCUAUUAUCUUCCCAUACUGACUUCUUCCUGGUGCCUACAGCUACCACCUGGCCCAGCGUGGCCCACAUCUUGCUCAUCUGGUACCCCAGUACAGGCAGAAUAACUAUAUCUGUCCCUGCUCACAAUCUUACUCAGGGCAGGAAUUUGAGCCCUAAAGGCAGAGACUCCUGGGAUUUCAGAGCCCUGCUUCAAGGAGUACCGGGACUGCUUUGUGGUGGGGAGCCCCUAGACAUCCACACCUGUGUCGCUGCUCAGGGGAGCCUGCUAGUGCUGAGCCCAAAAGGGGAUGUGAGUCUCAUCCGGAGGGAUGGAGGAGCUAGAACGGUGGGUAUCUUGAAGUGUGGGCUGCUUAGCCAGGGGGUCCCUGUAUCUUUGGGUGUCUUCAACAACACCCUAGCCUGUGUGCUGGGCUCUGGACUCGAGCUGCUCGACAUGGGCACUGGACGGCUUCUAGAAAGAAAGGUCCUAAGCACUGACCGAGUCUACCUGCUGGAGCUCUCAGCCCCAGGGAUUGAUGAGGAAGAAAAGGAGAAUAAAGGUGGCCUGAGGCUGCUCUCUGCAAGCGGCCUGUUCUCUAUGUCCUGGGAGGUGGGGAAAGAGGUUGAGUGGCCAAUCGCAGAAGACUUGGUGUUCGAAGAGGCCUGUAGCUACUACCAGCGGAGGAGCUUACGGGGAGCCAGGCUCACGAUUGAUGAAUUGAGAAAAGGUAGCACUUUUCAAGCACCACUGGCCCUAGCUGCUGUUCUCCAAGGUCACCGACUCCCAACCAAGCUACUGACCGAUUUACAAGCUGAGCUAAGAGACUACCAUGGCCUGGAGCGGCUUAAGACCCGACUAGUGACUGGGGAAGGGCAGGAGGAAGGCUGGACUGAGCUGGUUGAAAGAGAGGUAGAGCGGCUGCUCAGGUCAGAUCUGAUGGGGGACAAACUGCCCCAGCUCAAUGCUAUCUUUUCUGUCUUCCCUGCUGCUGCCUGGGGUUCUACCCGCCGAGCCCUGCAGCUACAACUGGAUAAAGCUGGCCAGCUGAAGUCCCAAGCCCCUCCUGACUUGUGGAAGAAGGUUCUAGCUGACACUGGGACUGAUGGUGCACUGCCUCCCUUUGAACUCCUGUGCCAGUGCCUUUGUCGGCUAGAGCCAUGCUGGUUGCCACCCUUUGUAGAACUGGCACAACGACAGGGGGGGCCAGGCUGGGGGGUAGGAGCUGGGGGCCCAGGGCCACCCUUAUACCGACGAGCAUUGACUGUGCUUGGCAACUGGGCUGGGGCGGAAACAGAAACUCUAGAACUAGAGCUACUAUUGGGAAGUGGCCGGCCCAAGGCCAUACUCCAGGCCAUUGGGCAGCUAGUUCAGGCCAGACAAUGGGACCGGGUGCUGGAUGCAGGGCUGGCACUGAGCCCAUCCAGCCCUCUGCUGCAGAUGGAGAUCUUCACCGUCUUACUAGCUGAAUUUGCUCAGCAUCGCCAGUUGGAUGCCCACCUGGCUCGCCUGCGCUGCCUGUGCCCACCAGACUUGACACUCACUGACCUCCUGCUCCUGCUACAGAAGCACCUGCCGGAUGAAGAAGGGCCUCCAGCCCCAUUCCCUAAGGUGGGAGGCGAGCCCCCACUCACAGUGGGGCUCCUGAGAGGCCUGCUGGAACAGGACAGGCCCAAAGAACAGGCCCCAAACCCUUAUGAGGAUAUCCUGUGGGACUCUGGCACCUGUCCUCCCAACCCCAGCAGCAGGCAAUACCCCUCACAGAACAAGAGAAGUCAGAGCUAGGAGACUGGGGCCAGCAAUUCUAUAGAAUUGCCUUAGACUGAGGGCUCAGGGGCAAAGGCUACAGUGAACCUGAAAGGGAGGGGUUCAAUUAGUGUUUUCCCACUUCCUUAUGAGAGGGAGGGGCUCAAAAGGAUUCCCUUCAGAUGCUGGAGGGAAAUUCAUAGAAGGUCCCUGUUUCCCCCAAUGUGUUCAAUACUUUUCUGGAGAGAUUUUAAAUAUACACAGGGAAGGGAAGCAAGAGUGACUUUGUUUAAAUGUAGUUGAGAGGAGGGGGGGAUGAUGAUCUGAUAAGUUGGAAUAAGUGCAGCUCCCAAGCUACCAUCUGCUCAGACCAUUUCAGAGAGCCCUUCUCUCACCCUUCCAUCCCCUCAAUGGGGUUUGUCUUCCUACUUAUUAAUGGAAAUGUCCCCUAGAGGAGGGAGAGAACAUGGAAGCCAAAUAAGAAGGGAAGAAACCCUUCCAAGAAGAGUUCCCAAGAUGAAUAAAGACCUUGAGGAAGGGUGGGGUCUCCCUGCCUAGUGCCCAAGGAAUGAGAAGAGAAUCUUACCACUCUUAGCAGUAGCAGGGAUUCCUGGAAUUCAUCACCAUGUUCAUAAUUCUCUCAAUCUCAUCUCCAAGAAGGCAGAAGCAAGGCCCUGGAGAUGCUGGUACCAAAAGAGCCUAGUUACAAGCUUGAGAAGUGCCAGGUUGACAGAAGCCAUCACUUACCUGUCACCUUGCCCGCCCUCCCACCUUGGCUCUUAGCCCCAGGGUUUCCACUUACUCUGGGUCUGAUGAUUGAUCAUAUGGAUCUCCAUGUAGAAAAAUAAGUAACUGAGAAACCCAUUAGGACCAGAAAGGUAAGGGAGUAUCCCAAGCUGCACCUAGACCUGUCUCUCCUAGGUAAUAAAAGGGAUAGAGAAUUAGAAGACCCAAGUUCAAAUUUGGCCCUCUGAAAAUGCAUGUGAUGAGUCACUUGGAUGCACUUGGAUGAGUCACUACCUGCCUCAGUUUUCUCAUCUAUGAAAUGUGGGUAAUAGUAGCACUAGCUUCCAGGGUUGUUGGGAGGAUACAGUGAGAUAAUAUUUGUAAAAUGCUUUGCAAACAUUAAAGCAUUAUAUAAAUGCCA